ACAACCUCACCCAGAGAGGCGAGAGCUAGCGAGCGGAGGGAGAAAGGCAAACAGAUUGGAGCGACGGAAAGGGAAAACCGUUGACACCAGAAGCAGAACAGGAUGCGUGAAUAUAAGCUGGUGGUCCUGGGGUCAGGAGGUGUGGGCAAAUCUGCUCUGACCGUACAGUUCGUUCAAGGGAUAUUUGUGGAAAAAUACGACCCCACAAUAGAAGAUUCAUACAGAAAGCAAGUGGAGGUGGACGGGCAGCAGUGCAUGCUGGAGAUCCUGGACACGGCCGGGACGGAACAAUUCACAGCCAUGAGGGACCUAUACAUGAAGAAUGGCCAGGGCUUUGCGCUAGUAUACUCCAUAACGGCGCAGUCCACCUUCAACGACCUGCAGGACUUGAGAGAACAGAUCCUUCGAGUCAAAGACACUGACGACGUACCCAUGAUCCUCGUGGGGAACAAAUGUGACCUGGAGGAUGAGCGGGUGGUGGGAAAGGAGCAGGGUCAGAACCUGGCCCGACAGUGGAACAGCUGUGCCUUCCUAGAGUCCUCCGCCAAGUCAAAGAUUAACGUUAACGAGAUCUUCUAUGACCUGGUGCGGCAAAUCAACAGGAAAACCCCGGUACCUGGGAAAGCACGCAAAAAGUCCAACUGCCAGCUGCUCUAAUACACAACUGUACUGUCGCUCUGAGCCAGGUCUGAUAAACUGCUGUCCCUCCCGACAGCGCCAGCAAUCCCGACUUUACUAAACCUAACAUUCAGCGGACUUUCCCGUGUGGUGACUCCCUUUAACGACCCAAAACCAACUCACCGGCCAAUGGAUUUCAAAGCUACCACAUCAGUUUUUGCACAUAGAAUAACUGUAAUCACCCUUCCGCGUGGCGAGAAAGAGAUUUUUACUUAUAUAUAAAUAUAUAGAAAUAUCUAACUGUAUGCAACC